AUGUCCGAAUACACAGUAAUGGACAUGUUAUACGCGGAUUACGUGGUAAUAGUACUAUACGCUGUACUGGCCUUGACCGGCCUUAUCGGCAACUUUUGGGUAAUGAUGACAGUGUCAAAUCAAUUGUUUGGAACUUUUGUAUUUUCACCACAAAUCAAAGAAUGCCCUAUUCGGCGACAGAAGAUGGGACGAGGUAUUACUGGCGUACAGUCGUCGGCUUGUAUAUAUCUACUUAUGUUGUCUGUUGUUGAUCUAAUAUCCUUCGUACCGGUACCAUUGUUAGCUGUCGACAUUUUGGAGAAUCGAUGGCCUUAUGGCAUUAAUGGUGCGUUUUUAGGGGAGGGGGGAAAGGGUACUGUAGUUUUUUGGUGGCUAAGACUAAGGUUAAGGCUAACUAGUAAAUGAUGCAACAUAUACUAACCAAACUCUUUCAGUAUGUAAGCUUCUGUACACAUGUGAAGCUGUAAACAAGUCCUUAUCACCAUUGAUCCUAACCGCUCUCAGUGUGGACCGCUACAUUGCCGUAUGUCGUCCCACCUUCAUGUGGAUGCGACGAUCACGUUUCGCAUGUCUAGUCAUCUUCGUAUGUUCUAUGAUCUCAUUCUUGUUCAUUUUACCGGUCACUGCUCAAGCUACAGUAAGCGUAAUCGCCGACUUUAAAGGCGACGAACACAGAAAGUGUGUCGUUCAGAUGUCAAGAACUUUCGAUUUACUACAGUCGGUAACGUGCUAUGUUCUACCGUUAGUUUUUAUAUGUUCGGUAUAUGUGGCGAUAUUGAGGAGAUUGUACGAACAUACCAGGAGAAGUUCUAUGGCGACGAAGACUACGAUAUCAUUGAGUAGAGUGGUAAAGUGUUCAGUAAUGGUAGUGGCGUUCUACUUUAUAUGUUGGACGCCUUACUGGGGAAUGAGGAUAUUGUCGCUGUUUGCUGAAGGUAAGGGUUUUUUAAAUUUUAAAACAGUACCAUGCUAACACUAGUACCAUAUCAGCCUUAUUAGUAAAUUGGUCAUAAUAAUAUAGUACCAUUAACACCAUAUAAAUCACUAUGGUAGUACUACAAAAUCCUUAGUACUAUAUUGUUCACAGUAUUAUAGUACAAAUAAUGCCAUAUUAUCCUUAGUACUAUAGUAACCCUAUCAAAAUAGUAACCCUAGUCCCAUAUUAACCCUAGUAUCAUCUUAGUUAUAGUACGAUGCUAAGGCUAGUACUAUAUUUACUAGCCUUGGUGCUACAUUGACUAUAGCGGCAUUAUUAACUUAGUAUUGGGUCAAUAGUUAACAAUUUUAACUAUAGUAUCGUACAAACAUAUUAAUCAUCUUUUACUGUCCAAAACUAGUUGUUAAAACUUUUAAAACAUCACUAAUAUGCUGGUAUUUUACCCCUUCCAAAGCGCAAAAGCCCAGACAGACAUCUUAACGAACAUUUCGUACUUGUCGCUCAGUUUUUGUUUUAAAUUUCUGCAGAAAACACAUGCUACUUUACGUUUCUGACCGCAUGUUCUUGUCAGAAAAGUGAAAGAGAAACGGAACGGUGGUCAUUUGGAACGGUCAGUGCAUUCCAUCAUUCUUUUUUAAAGUAGUAUAAUAUCAGAUAAGAAUGGAAAAGAAAAUAUGGUGGUCUUUUGAUUGGCAUUAGGAAAGAUAUGUGUGGAGAAGAGUUAAGAUAAGAUGUAUGAUAUAUGAUAUUAUGAGUGACCAGUAGAAGCUGCAAUGGCAUGAACUUUCAUCUUUGUUAUCAAGUACAUGAUGAUUUAUAAAAAACAUUUUUGCGGUCAAGGCGUUUUAAGAAAAAUCUAUUUUUCAAAGAUAAAGCAGGUUUUUCAAAAAAAAUAUUUUUGCGUGGGUAACAUGCCCUUACAGAGAUCAAACUUCGUGAGAAUGUACAUAAUGCUGUAAUUCAAAUACGAAUAUUUUGAAACAACUUUUAAAAGGCUCAAAAAUUUUUUCGCUGGCUCAUUAAAAUAUAUUCAAAGAUUAUAUUAUCUCGCCUCUAACUUGGUUUUAAAAAUUGAUUUCAAACUUUUGUUUUGAUAAAUUUUAAAACAUACUUUUAGGUUGAGCGUAAAAUACGCUUAAAUUUUUAUUUUACUUUAAAAUCAAUAGGUAUAGACCUGUAACCUUUUUUUACAGUUUAAAAAAGCCAAUACCGCGCCUAGUAUGCCUCCUUUCAGGUCUAAAAUAUCGGGCUUCUGAAAUAAUUCUGUGCCCCAAAACCCCACAAAUUUGUCUAGGGAGGAGCACAGAAUUCUCUGUACAACCUAAUAAUAUGAUAUAUUGUAAAAAAAUUCUCGGAAAAAAAGUAAAAUACGCGCCGACCAAAUCUAUAAAAGACAUUUUUCCAAUCAAAAACCAAUUCCUCAAAAAGUGGCAUAUUGCCAAAUCGUUUCCAUUCUUUGUUCCCACCGUUCCGAACCGUUCCCAACAAAAACUUGUUGAAAUCACGCCCUGGAGAAUAGAAACUGAAUAUUUAUGUUUUUCCAAAAAGAUACGAAGAGGUACAACAAAGUACAGAGACAUAAAAUGCAAAUAGAUCCAAUUACGUUUGCAAAAAAAAAGAGUUUUAGGUACGUACUGGAGUUUAAAAAUGGAUAAAAUAAAGGAAAAUUUAUUGGGGUUUAGGGAGUUGGAUUAGCCAUAGAUAGACAUAGGUUUCAAGUUGUGUUAGAAUGACGUUUUUAGAGGCAUUUUAAAGCAAAGGAGAUGUUUUAUGUGGAAAAAAUGAUGAUUAUAAAAUUCAAAAAAAAAUUUUUUUAAUUAUUUUAAAAUUGGGAAACAUUUUUAAGUUAAAUACUUGCUUUAGAGCACAAUAUUCUUUAUAUAUUAUUGAUGAUAAUGGUUUUUUGUUGCAACAAAUCUCAUAAAUACUAAAUUACAAUGUGUCUGCGGUUCGAAUUUUAAAUGUACGGUGGAACGCCUGUAUAAUAAAUUCAUUUAUAACGCAAAUCCUGUAUAACGAACAACUUGUCAAUCCCCAGGCGAUUCAUUACACAGGAGUUCUAAAUGAAUUAUAUAAAAACGAAGAAUCAUGUCACGUAUUUUACAAAAAUUUUAUAAAUUUUGUAACUUUUUAAUGUCAUUUUAAUGGAUUUCAAUUGUAACAGAUUUCUCACUAAUAUCACCUUUCCCUACUGCAAUUUAACGCUUAAUACAACCUCAAUCCUUACCUAAUAGUACCAUGCCCUAACCUAGUGCAAACUUAACUCUAGGACCAUUUUAUUCACUUUUAUAGCGUCAUAUUAAUCCGAGUACUAAAAAAGAUUAGACUACAAUAAUAACACAAUACUCUAAUUUCCAUGCCCACUUUUAAUACAAUACUAACCAUGUCAAGCCUAAUACACAAAAUUAAAUAAAGUAUCAUGUUAUUAUAACUACAUAUCUAUAUAGACCAAAAAAAUUUUUUCAAAAUAACCAUAAGGGUUUUCUUUAUGUCGUUCAAAUUUCAAUACAUUUCUCAAAGCAAGCAUAUAUAUAUACUAUAAUUAAAUUUCAAUUGAAAAGCCAGUGAAAUCCAAGAGUCUACUAAAACAAAGUGACAGCGAGACAGACGUAUCUAUUAUAUGCUCAGAGACUGAAAAGAAGGUUUUUAAUGUAAAUUAAAUUUAAAUCAAUUUUCGAAACAAAUAAAUUGAAUUUUACGUUGAACAGAAUAGUGAAAAACUUGGUAUAAGAUCAACAUUUUUGAAACUUCAAAAAAUUUCAAAAAUUAAAAUUUUUCAAAAAAAAAAUUUUUUUUGACCAAAAACAUAAAAUUUAAAAACUAAGAUCAUUAUAACUUUAUAUCUUCCUAAAAAUCAAAAAUUUUCCAAUUUCAGACGCCCCAGUACCACCUCCAACCUACGAUCUUGACGUACCUACCAACCCACUCCAAUACCCUCAAUACUCAUCAUCUGAGAAUCAUACUGACCAAAUGGUCAUACCCUAUGCCAAUGACGCCGAACUAAAUGAAUACACCGACUUUACUCAUAUUAUGUUACUAAUGUACCUGGUACAUGCUCUGCCAUACACCCAAAGUGCCUUCAACUGGCUGUUCUAUGCUUUUUUAAAUAAGAAUCUGCGACAAACUCACAAGUUCCCAGCUGGUACUCGCUCAGCAUUGACUUCAACACCAAUUGAGAAUGGCAAUGGAAAUCUGAGCUUUGGAACGGGUACACCGAUUUGGAAGAAUAUUCAGAAUAUGGGGGUGUAUUUGAAGAGUAACGGGCUGGAUCCUUCACAUUCGCUGUUGAAAUUGUCACCUUUUAAGUCGAAGAGGAUAAGGUCGAGGUAUGAUAAUAUUUUUUAGUAAAAAUAAUAUCUAGUAGGACCUUAUCUUAACUAAAAACCAUUAUUUUGUUAGUUUACUUUAUCAAGUCUAGCACUUUUUUGAAACAAAAAACCUUUAAAAAAGUUUGGUCGCCUUUUCCAAUAAAAACACAUACAAAUUUACGCAAAAACUUUUGUAAAGCCACGAGAGCUAACCAUUUAUCAUUCCAACCUACAACAAUAUCAUUCCAGAUCCACCACCUGCCUAGAAUCCCUACCAGACACUCAUCGCCUGAAAGACCAGUCCGGUCUCGACCAUUCCCACCUCUCCACCCCCUUGAAUUCGCCUCGUUGUGCAUCGACCGGUAACUGUUCUCCAGUCAAAUCCAACUUUCUCACCGUGAAUCCCCGUUCCAAGUUUUUGAACGCCGAAGCUCAAUAUUUCGAGCUGGCUUCAGAUGCGUCAGAUGCUUCUGGCAACAGUCGUACUCCGUUCUGUCGCCGUGCUGUGAGUGAGAGGAGAUGUACUGAACCAAUCGAGGGAAGGAGUACCAUUGGAAUUUGUAAAACAGCACCAGACUGUGGAAUGUUUGUGAAUGAUGUUUAUGUUGGACCGGUUAGUACGGAGUAAGUAGAGGAUUUCAUACUGUAGUUUCGACUUACCUAUUUUGUUUUAAUCUGCCCUACCCUACCCUAUCCUACCCUACUCUACACUGUCCUACUAUACCUUACUUUAUUUUCACUCUACCCGACACAUAUUACCGUGUCCUGCCAUAUUAUUAAACAUUCCUUCCUACCUUAACGUCAAAACCAAAAACCAUCCCCAAACCCGUAUAAAUUAACCAUGCCAUUCUUUUUCAGUGAGUACACAAUGCCAAUGCAAACAAAACUGGGUAGCCCCUUAUCCUCCAUGAACACCCUUCCCACGACGGAUUCGUCACCCUUAGUGCAACACACGUCCAUACUAAAACCGCCGGAUGUUCGCACCAACCUGAUCCCACCUCAAGAAAACGCUAGCCAAACCGCCACCGACUUUCAUCAAGUAGAAUGGCUUUAA